GUCACCGCGAUCGUAAACAAAGGACCUGUGCGAUGUUUACGCCCACAAUCAAGCCCAAGGAUUGUGGCGGGCUGAACGUCACAGUAAUGAACACGCCGCGGCCGCAAGCGACGUCGACCGUUCGAAGGAAAAGCACAGCUGAGAGCAAAUUUACUGACAAGCAUUUAGGUGAAAAGGGUAAGCGAGAUCUACGAGGCUCAUACGAGAGUGAGUUAAUGCAGAAAGAGGAUACUUCUUCCUUAGGUCUUCUGGAUGACAAUAUGUCAGUUCUCACAAGCAUAAGCGCAACAGAGGAUGAGCAAAAAUUGAAUUAUUCCAAUGUAGAUGAUCUUGAAUGGGCUAGGAAACUUCUUCAAAGAUGCAGCAAUGCAAGCCCUUCUUUAACUGCAGACACAAAUAAAGAAAAUAAUGUCAAUGUGCAAAAUGUAACAGGCAUUAUGCCAGCAUCAAAUCCUACUCUACCAGUUACAACUUACACAUCCGAAUUGGACAAAGAACGUGGCAUGAAUUACUCAGUAAAUAAAGUUAGUUCAAGUAGUAUUGCUUUUGAACCUAAUGAAAUAACGGCACGUUCAUCUGGCGUCAGCAGUAGUAAAUCUCCUCCUUUGAACAAAUCCUUCAAUCGCAUCAGCUUCAAUGAAGAUGACAUAAUGGCACAAAUUAAUAAUGAGUUAAUGGCAGAAAUUAAUAAAGAAGAAUUCGUAUCUGGCUCAAAAUUGGAUGAAAAAUUUUUUAAUGAUAUUUCAUUGCAACAAAAUCAUACAUAUGGUUUGCCAGGAACAAAUACGGAAAAACAAAAAAUGGAUUUUAGUUCUUUUUCUGGUAUCAUUGGAGACCUGGAUUUAACAUUAGAAUCUUGUGCUGGAAAAAAAGUGUCUGUUGGACAAUAUUUUGAACGUAAAUCUGAUAAUAUAAGAAUGUUGGGAAGUAAUGAAAAAAUAAGACCAAGCUUUGCUUCAGAAACUCCUGUAAGAGUGGGCAAAUUACCAGCGUUAAUUGAAUCGACUAUCUUGACAGAUGCAACAACGCCAAUGGAAUUAAUAGAAAAAGAACGUACACUUAUUCCUAAUGCAACGAGAGAUGUAGAUGAAAACAGUAUCAUAAGUUUAAGUGCUAUUGCUCAUACUUUACAAGAUCUUAAUAGCGCGACACCCCGGCGAAUUGUCGAUGAGCUUUUAAUGGCACAGAAGAAGAAAAAUACAACAGUAUUAGACAACACAAGAAAAGAAACUUAUACACUGCCUUCCGAUCAAAAGUCUAUCCUAACAAUGUCUCCUAAAAAUUCGAACAAAUACGAUAUUAUUGUAGAGAAUCGUUCAACUAAACUGUCGAUAGACAGUCAAAUUAAAAAUGAACCUAUAAAUGAAAUUGUUGAUCUGAAGCAGAAGCGAACGAGAGUAUCAUUUCCUUCAAGUAAAAAUGUAAAGGAUGAAUCCACAAAUGUAUCUAAAAAGAACAUAUUAAAGGAGGAAGUGUGUAAUGAAAACUUAAUAUCUUCUCUUAAUCAAGACGCAGAUGUAUCGUCAACAUCAGAUCUUAAAUUUUCUUUACCAAAUUCCACAUUGCCAUGCAACAAAAAAUUAACUGCGCCAUCUAAUGUACCAUUUAAAAUGAACAAAAGUUUUGAUGAAGAAAGCUAUAGUAAUUUGAAUAUACAAGGCAAAGAAAUAAAAACAAAAUCUAGCAUGACAAAUUCAUUGCUUUCAAUGAACACGAAUAUGGAAAUGCAGUCUAAUUCGAAGAGCAUCAUUUUUGGCAAGAAUGCAGAACACAUUUGUACUUGUAUCAUUGGUAUUACGAAUGAAGUUAAUAUUGAGCUUAUAAAUAAUGGAGAUAGAUGGAUCACAUAUACCAUUAAGCUAGUUGAAGUAGGAGAUAUGCAAAAUAUUGAAUUAAAACUACCUUCAAAACCAAUUUUAAUAAAACCUAAUGAAACUCAAUCUACAAAGAUUGAGGUAAAAGUAACACAAAAAUGCAAACCAAUAUUUCUAGACUUAAAUAUACUUUUAUCAGAUAUGGUAGCAAAGUCAAAAUGGUCCAUGAAGUACGCGAUCUUUGUUAAUCCGGAACAACUUGACCUCGAUAUCAUAUGCCCUUCUGACAAAAACGAAUUGGAUUUUCAAUACAGUGUAGAGGAAACAACGAAAAUUCUGCCUAUAAUAUUGCAUAACAAAAACAACGUUAACAUGCCUGUCAAGCUACACAUAUUACAUAAUGAAUCAAAAAUGUUCAGUAUCGACGGACCAACACAUUUAAUACUCAAACCACUUGAAAAAUCUAUUAUUAAUAUAAAAUGUGAAAAAUCGCGACCUAUAUCACAUACAGUAGAUUCUCCACAAAGACAGCCACAACAUUGGAAGAGCAAACUAAUUAUAUAUGUACAAUGUAACGAUGAUACUGAAUUACUCAAGAAAGAAGUGCCUCUUUACGCACAAAUGGGAAUUUGUAAAAUUCAAAUUAUUGAUACAGAAAUACCUAUAGUUGUCCCAAGACAACAAGGCAAAUUGGUAAAUAUCAUUAAUUCGGGAAAUGUAGCAACUCACGUAUCUGUUACUGUCGUGCCAAUUGAAGGGCAUCCAAACACAAUGCAAGAUUUUUUUAUAAAACCAGAUAAUAUAUUUUUACAAGUGGGAGAAAAAAGUUCAUUUUUAAUUGUACAUAAACCACAAUCUUUGGAUGCAAAUUCCGGAGAUGAUAAAAGAUACGCUAAGAUUAAAUUGGUCGUUGGGAAUAAUGUUUACCAUUACAUCAUAAGUACUGAGCAAAAAUUAUUAGAAUCAGAAAAAGAAAAUUAUUUGCGUUGCUAUACGCCUAAUAAUAUUGCAUCUCUAAGCCCAGCAACAUCACCACAAAGUGUCACCUCUAAUAGAUCUGGGCUCUAUGAUAGAAAUUCACCAAUCAGUACAGUAUCUACUUUGGCUGUAGCAGGAAAUAUAAUUCCGAUCAGAGCUACACAUGCUGCCCUAGUAUGGAAUAGUGUAAAAACAGGAAAAAGUGAAACUAAAGAAUUUACAAUUCGUAACACAAGUAAUAACAAGAUUAAAAUUCAAAUAGACAUAUGUGACAGCAGUAAAAGUUUUAAGUUUCUAGGAGAUAAACAAACUACCAACACAAGCAUAAUACUGGCGAUGCAACGUCAGGAAAGUAAGACACUAGCAGUUGCGUUCAAUCCAUACAAUAUAGGCCCAGCAGUUGGAAAAAUUACUAUCAAACAUUAUACAAGAGAGAAUAGCGAUUGUCAACAGUACAAAAAAAUGCCUUUGUACGGAUACGGUGGCUGUAGUAAAGUGAAAAUCUCGGGUACAUUUAAAGAUGCGAGUGGAAAAAUGUGGUUGUCACUUGGCAAUUUGUAUUCUGACACUAUGACUUUGAAUGGAAAUAUUAAAUUGGAUAACAUGGGCGACUUACCAUCAUUCGCUAAAAUCAUGGUUAUGCCGAAAGUUAUUUCCCCAACAUUGGACUCUAGUUGGCAUAUAAAUCCAAAAGAAGUAAUACUUAACGCUAAAGAAUCUCGGCAAGUAGCAAUACAAUUUCAUCCGAAGAAAGAUUUCGCGUUAUUACAACGUUCGGAAGUAUCGCAUGUCGCAACAAUCAACGUUACUUACGGUGAUGAACCGACUCGCUGGCGAAUACGCAGAUUGUAUAAUAAAAUAAAAGAAUCAGGUGAAUUAACUGGAAAUGAAAAUGAGGCAUUUAAAAAUAUUGUCCUUCCCAUAUGUAAAACUUUUCCUGAAGAACAAUUAAUUCCCGGUUUAACAUCAAUUCGUGAUCCUAUUCAAUACCUAAGUGAUUUGUGCACCGGCGUUCAUCAAUACGAGAUAAUGCUCACAGUGGAAGCGUGCGCGGAUGAUACUUUACCUGUACAUUAUGAUACCGAUGAAUCAGAGAUGUAUCAUUCUCUAGUAAGCGACACUACUAACGUAGAUGAAGCAGGUGGAGCAAGUUUCUUCGCUUCUCAAACUAUAGUAGAACACGAAAUUCAGUCUGCUGAAUUGCAAGGAGAUCAAUUCAGUGUGACUCCGUCCACAAUCGUUCUCAGUCCUCCAGUACAAAAUGAAGGGACUGUAACUAUCUUUAGUUUUUCUAAAGCAGCUGAGCCAUUUCAGACCAGCCUAUCAGAUUCAGAUAGCUUUAGUGUUGUCCCCGCAGAAGGAAUGUUACCCAGCAAAAAGAGCUUUCCUUUAAAGAUACAGUGUUCACAGAAAAUAGAACGUAAUAUGCAGGCUAUACUUGAGAUUUAUACAGAGAAUAACAAGCAGGAUGUGUUAAUCAAAGUUAUCGUGAGACGACAGUAAUCAUCAAGUAUACUUUUUUUACAACAAUGAGAAUAUUUAUUUAUAUGUAACUAUUGUAAUUGAAAAGUUUUACAAAAAAGAUAUUUUAUUAAUGCAAGACUAAUUUCUAACAAA